AUGUCUCAAGAUUCAUCACUAACAGACACAACUUUACUUAACGAAGAGAAACAUACCCUAGAAUCCUCUGAACUACCACCACUAUCAUCACCGAUACGUGAUAAUUUAAAAUCAUUAGCAGCAGGAGGUGUAGGUGGUGUUUGUGCAGUAGUAACAGGUCAUCCAUUCGAUCUAAUAAAAGUAAGAUGUCAAAGCAAUCAAGCUAAAGGUACCACUGAUGCAAUUACUAAGAUCCUAAAGGAAGCUCGUUUAGCUACCAAAGGAUCAUUCUUUACUAAUUCCAUUAGAGGAUUUUAUAAAGGUGUCAUACCCCCAUUACUUGGUGUUACGCCAAUUUUCGCUAUAUCCUUUUGGGGGUACGAUAUCGGGAAGAAAAUAGUUACUUAUAACAAGAAUGCUAAUAGCAAUAAUGCUAUUUCGAAUGAAUUAUCCAUUGGUCAAAUGGCUACAGCAGGUUUCAUUAGUGCUAUUCCAACUACACUAGUUACUGCCCCUACUGAAAGAAUCAAAGUGGUUUUACAAACUACAAAGAAUGGUUCAUUCUUUGGUGCAGCAAAGGAUAUCAUUAAGAAUGGUGGUGGUAUAAGAUCUUUGUUUAAGGGAUCUUUAGCUACUUUGGCUAGGGAUGGCCCAGGGAGUGCCUUGUAUUUUGCAUCUUAUGAAAUCUCGAAGAAAUAUUUAAAUAAACAAAGCGGUAAUGAUGAGAAGAUUAGUAUUAAGAAUGUUUGUUUAGCAGGUGGUAUCGCAGGGAUGUCCAUGUGGUUGGCAGUUUUCCCAAUCGAUACUAUUAAGACUAAAUUACAAGCAUCAUCAGGUACUGGAUCUCAAUCGAUGUUGAGUGCGACGAAGGAAAUUUAUUUGAAAAGAGGUGGGAUUAAAGGAUUUUUCCCUGGGUUAGGACCUGCUUUGUUAAGAUCCUUCCCAGCUAAUGCUGCUACUUUCUUAGGUGUAGAAUUGACUCAUUCAUUCUUUAAAAAAUACAAUAUUUGA